GCCAACAAAAACUGUCUCAUCAAUUAAUUAUUCAUUAGCCGUUGUCUGCUGAGUGGAGUGCAGGGACGGGAAUACCCAUAAUAACAGUGUGGGUGUGUGUAUAUUAGUCAGUUUGGGUAGUAAGAGCUACCCCAGAGAAGAUUUUUAAAGCAAGUCAACCACCCUGUAACAAGGUAAUCCUGUAAACACGGUUGAUGUGUUCGCUCUUCCUGAUGACACGAGGUUCUUAUACGCGCUAAACGCAUGCAGCUGACAGCGAGGCCACCCCUCGCAUCUCAUUGGCUGCUAUUUUUGUCGCGGGAGUAUGUCAUCAUUAAACUGCAACACGCUGGCGACCAACUGACUCGUCGGCACAGCGAGGCUGACUGCACUUCCGCCGACAACAAACUCCACGUUGGUCGAGACUACGUUUGUCAGACGUUGACUGGCUUCUCAGGAACGAAGAUAAGUUUUGAGUGUGGCGAGGGUUUGUACGACAGACAGCGACACACAGCGGAGGUUCCCUGUGGACACAGAUACAGAAUUCUCCAGAAGGUGUCCUAAGCGCGAUUUGUGUUUCUAAGGGAGCAAGACACGAAAUUCCGUCUGUGUGUUUCAUCAGUCAGGUUUUCUUCAUCACUGAAACUUUUUGUUCAAGUGAAAGGGAUAUUGCCUCCCUCAGGAUCAAGACAUCGGUAUGAUCAACACUAUCAGUAUUCCGGGUAUGAUGCCAGCUGGAUGGACAUGAUCAACAUGUCGGGUGUGGUCGAUGACUUGUCGCCGCUGUUCAUCGACCAGCAGCCAUCUCGCGUAAGUGUUGACGAUGGUGUCAUCAAUGGUGUUGCCGCCAGCGUGAACAACGAUGCAGUCUCGCGAAUUCCGAAGACAGCUUUGGAGAUUUCCUUCGACGAGGACUUCCCAGAACACUCGGUUCCUGCCGAGGAUAAUGUCAAUGACUACGUCACAAGCCCCGAGCCUCAGCUCCACGACCUCCUCCCCACCAGGUGCGUGCCAUUCAGUUACAACCAGUCAUCGUCUGUCGGAGUGAACAUGCAAAGGGUGAAUGUCAGCGCUGGGACGAGUGGAGGAGGAAGCGUAGAGUUCAAUAACCUGGAGGUGAGACCCCGGGGCUGUCCCGGAGUCACCAGACGUACUGCAACUGCUUCCCUUCCCCGCCAAAACCCCCGACGACGACCGGAUGGUGGCCGCCGCCUUAGAGGUGCUGGAGACGGGGGCACUGACCCCUCUCAUCAAGGAGGAGCUCAAGUACACGAUCCAGAGCAGACGGCUGGCAGCGGGCAAGCAGGAGCUCACGGUCGACCUGACCCCGACUACCCCGAGGAGACAUCGCCAGAUGACGAAGGAAGAAGAGAACCGAGCGUACAAGAGGAGGACUCAGAACAGGGAGGCAGCUCAGCGAUUUCGACAGCGACAAAAGGAUGAAGUGGACAGGUUGAUGAAGAAAUCUAUGCGACUAGAAAGUGCCAACACGACUCUGCGAGCGGAAGUCCGGCGCCUGAACGUUGAAAAGGAGCAGCUGCUGGGCACGCUGCAAAGUCACCUGCGAGUCUGUCCCAUGGGAAUGUUGACCAGAUGAACUCCGCCUCACGGAGCAAGCCAUGACCUCACGACCAUGACCUGACACUCGGCAACACUCACCCGAGCUUAGGCAAUCCAUGACGAGACACGUUACUCGAGACUUCAUCCAGGCUAGCACGUGACUGUAACAGAGAGGAUACGUCACUGUAUCCACCUACAGGCAGAAGCAUACGUCACAGGACAACUGAUACGUCCCACAUUCACUGAUCUGUAACGUUUACCUGGUGGAUACCUCUGUUUCCGACAGGAUUCAAAGUUCAUCGCUUCAUCACCUCGAUCUUGUCUCACUUAUGAACGAUGGCAAGUGCAGCCCGAUCAAAGGAGCACACUCUACAGAAUAUGAUUAUGGCAUAUACAGAUAUAUGUAUGUACAGAUAUAUGUAUAUAUGUUCUCGCUUUCGUCUCCAAACCGUACAACGGGCAAACUGAUCAACGGGGAGAUAAAAGAAAAGGAGAGAGACAAGCCUCAAAUCUCUAUCUUCUGUCUCCCAUCGUCCUUUUGUGUCUCUCCGGCAACCCACCCUUCGCCUCCAUGUUGUAGUACUAACCACAAGCUCAAAGUUUUUUUUAGAUUUACUCGUUUAAUGGCUGCAGCAUGUUGUACAGAGAUAUGUGUAUAUUGUUUACAGAACUGUUGUGCCUGAGUGUAAAUGGUGAACGUGAUUUCCAGGAGUUUUUCGUGAUAAAAACAUUUUUCUGAUUCGCCUUGGAGCUGGCACCCACUGCUGUUUCAUGCGUUGCUGUGUUUCUAUUAUCAAAUUAUCUGUUAUUAUGAAAGAUGAAGGUGAACGAUUAUACAGCCCAUCUCACCGAUCAAGGGAGUGCACUCGACAAAUGUCAAGUCUUCAUUCACUUUCACAGCUCGGGACCCAGAGUGGUCGGCCUUUACAGAGUUACUGUGCACUUGGAUACGAGGACAUCUUGUCACAACAGUAUUUAGAAGAAGACGAAAAAAAUAUUUAAAAAAAAAAAAAAACAAAAAAUCUCAUUUUUGAUUUGGAUUUAACUUUUCCUAUUGGAGAGCUAAGAAAAUAUUUUACAAAUUUGCAGGCCGCCAGUAACUACUACGGUGUCAGUUUAAUUUUCCUUGUAAUAAUUUAAUUAGAGGAGGAUUAAUGAACUUUGAACUGUGAUAUUUAAAGCUCUAUAGAUAUUUUAAUAUGAGGCAAUGAUUACACGUUUCUUACAUCUUUUUUCCAUUGUCUCAUACAUAAACGUUUGUACUUGUUAAACAAUAAA